CGCCCACCUCCCCUCCCCCCCGUGCCGGGCAUGCGGGGCCCGCUGGGCACCGAGGAGGAGCUGCCGCGGCUGUUCACGGACGAGAUGGAGAACGAGGACGAGAUGUCAGAAGAAGAAGAUGGUGGCCUUGAAGUCUUCGAUGACUUUUUCCCGGAGGAGCCUGUGAGCCUCCCCAAGAAGAAAAAGCCCAAGAAGCUCAAGGAGAACAGGUCCAAAGGGAAGAGGAAGAAGAAAGAGGGGAGCAAUGACGAGCUGUCAGAAAAUGAAGAGGAUCUGGAAGAGAAGUCAGAGAGUGAAGGUAGUGACUACUCCCCGAAUAAAAAGAAGAAGAAAAAACUCAAGGACAAGAAGGAGAAAAAAGCUAAGCGGAAAAAGAAAGAUGAUGAGGAGGAUGACAAUGAAGAUGGGUGCCUCAAGGAGCCCAAGUCCUCGGGGCAGCUCAUGGCUGAGUGGGGCCUGGACGACGUGGACUACCUGUUCUCCGAGGCCGACUACCACACGCUGACCAACUACAAGGCCUUCAGCCAGUUCCUCAGACCGCUCAUCGCCAAGAAGAACCCGAAGAUCCCCAUGUCAAAGAUGAUGACCGUCCUGGGUGCCAAGUGGCGGGAGUUCAGCGCCAACAACCCCUUCAAGGGCAGCUCGGCGGCAGCAGCUGCAGCGGCAGUGGCUGCGGCCGUGGAGACGGUCACCAUCGCACCUCCACUGGCCAUCAGCCCCCAGCAGGCGCCCCAGCCUGUGCCCAUCCGCAAGGCCAAGACCAAAGAGGGCAAGGGGCCUGGAGUGAGGAAGAAGAUCAAAGGCUCCAAGGAUGCAAAGAAAAAGGGCAAAGGGAGAAAGGUGACUGGGCUCAAGUUCCGCUUCGGAGGGGUCGGCAGCAAGAGGAAGAAGGGGUCCUCGAGCGAGGAGGAUGAGCGAGAGGAGUCGGACUUCGACAGCGCCAGCAUCCACAGCUCCUCCGUGCGCUCUGAGUGCUCUGCUGCCCUGGGGAAGAAGAGCAAGAGGAGGCGCAAGAAGAAGAGAAUUGAUGAUGGCGAUGGCUACGAGACGGACCACCAGGACUACUGUGAGGUGUGCCAGCAGGGUGGGGAGAUCAUUCUGUGUGACACCUGCCCGAGGGCCUACCACCUCGUCUGUCUGGACCCCGAGCUGGAGAAAGCUCCUGAGGGCAAGUGGAGCUGUCCCCACUGUGAGAAGGAAGGGAUCCAGUGGGAGCCGAAGGACGACGACGACGACGAGGACGAGGGCGGCUGCGAGGAGGAGGAGGACGACCACAUGGAGUUCUGCCGCGUGUGCAAGGACGGAGGCGAGCUGCUCUGCUGCGACGCCUGCCCCUCCUCCUACCACCUGCACUGCCUCAACCCGCCGCUUCCCGAGAUCCCAAACGGUGAAUGGCUCUGCCCGCGCUGUACUUGUCCCCCACUGAAGGGCAAAGUCCAGCGGAUCCUGCACUGGCGGUGGACAGAGCCCCCAGCCCCCUUCAUGGUUGGGCUGCCGGGGCCUGAUGUGGACCCUGGUGUACCCCCGCCCAAGCCCCUGGAGGGCAUCCCAGAGAGAGAGUUCUUCGUCAAGUGGGCUGGGCUCUCUUACUGGCACUGCUCCUGGGUAAAGGAGCUCCAGCUGGAGCUCUACCACACAGUGAUGUAUCGCAACUACCAAAGAAAGAACGACAUGGACGAGCCGCCGCCCUUUGACUACGGCUCUGGCGACGAGGACGGCAAGAGCGAGAAGAGGAAGAACAAGGACCCUCUCUAUGCCAAGAUGGAGGAGCGCUUCUACCGCUACGGCAUCAAGCCCGAGUGGAUGAUGAUCCACCGCAUCCUGAACCACAGCUUCGAUAAAAAGGGGGACGUGCAUUACCUGAUCAAGUGGAAAGACCUGCCCUAUGACCAGUGCACCUGGGAGAUUGACGAAAUUGACAUCCCCUACUACGACAGCCUGAAGCAGGCCUACUGGGGCCACAGGGAGCUGAUGCUGGGAGAGGACGCCAGGCUGCCCAAGAGGCUGGUCAAGAAGGGCAAGAAGCUGAAGGAUGACAAACAGGAGAAGCCCCCGGACACACCCAUUGUGGAUCCCACGGUCAAGUUUGACAAACAGCCAUGGUACAUCGACUCCACAGGCGGCACGUUGCACCCGUACCAGCUGGAGGGCCUUAACUGGCUGCGCUUCUCCUGGGCCCAGGGAACCGACACCAUCCUGGCCGACGAGAUGGGUCUGGGCAAGACUGUGCAGACCAUCGUCUUUCUCUACUCUCUGUACAAGGAGGGGCACUCCAAAGGGCCCUACCUGGUCAGUGCACCCCUGUCCACCAUCAUCAACUGGGAACGUGAGUUCGAGAUGUGGGCCCCUGACUUCUACGUGGUCACCUACACGGGGGACAAGGAGAGCCGCUCCGUGAUCCGGGAGAACGAGUUUUCCUUUGAGGACAAUGCCAUUCGGAGUGGAAAGAAGGUGUUCCGGAUGAAGAAAGAAGUGCAGAUCAAAUUCCACGUCCUGCUCACCUCCUAUGAGCUCAUCACCAUCGACCAGGCCAUCCUGGGCUCCAUCGAGUGGGCCUGCCUUGUGGUGGACGAGGCCCACCGGCUCAAGAACAACCAGUCCAAGUUCUUUAGGGUCUUGAACAGCUACAAGAUCGAUUAUAAGCUGCUGCUGACAGGGACCCCCCUUCAGAACAACCUGGAAGAACUGUUCCACCUCCUCAACUUCCUGACUCCAGAGAGGUUCAACAACCUGGAGGGCUUCCUGGAGGAGUUUGCUGACAUCUCCAAGGAAGACCAGAUCAAGAAGCUGCACGACCUGCUGGGGCCGCACAUGCUGAGGCGGCUCAAGGCUGACGUGUUCAAGAACAUGCCGGCAAAGACUGAGCUGAUUGUCCGCGUGGAGCUGAGCCAGAUGCAGAAGAAGUACUACAAGUUCAUCCUCACACGGAACUUUGAGGCGCUGAACUCCAAGGGGGGUGGGAACCAGGUGUCACUGCUCAACAUCAUGAUGGACCUGAAGAAGUGCUGCAACCACCCCUACCUCUUCCCCGUGGCUGCUGUGGAAGCCCCCGUCCUGCCCAAUGGCUCCUAUGACGGCAGCUCUCUGGUCAAGUCUUCAGGGAAGCUCAUGCUGCUACAGAAGAUGCUUAAGAAACUGCGGGAUGAAGGGCACCGUGUGCUCAUCUUCUCCCAGAUGACCAAGAUGCUGGACCUCCUGGAGGAUUUCCUGGAGUAUGAGGGCUACAAGUAUGAACGGAUUGACGGUGGCAUCACGGGGGGCCUUCGGCAAGAAGCAAUUGACAGAUUCAAUGCCCCUGGGGCCCAGCAGUUCUGCUUCCUCCUCUCGACCCGGGCAGGUGGCCUGGGGAUCAACCUGGCCACGGCGGACACGGUCAUCAUCUACGACUCGGACUGGAACCCGCACAAUGACAUCCAGGCCUUCAGCCGUGCCCACCGCAUUGGGCAGAACAAGAAGGUGAUGAUCUACCGUUUCGUGACGCGGGCCUCGGUGGAGGAGCGCAUCACGCAGGUGGCCAAGCGCAAGAUGAUGCUCACCCACCUGGUGGUGCGACCUGGCCUGGGCUCCAAGUCCGGCUCCAUGACCAAGCAGGAGCUGGAUGACAUCCUCAAGUUUGGCACGGAGGAGCUCUUCAAGGAUGAUGUGGAGGGCAUGAUGUCUCAGGGCCAGAGACCCGCCACGCCCAUCCCUGAUGUCCAGUCCUCCAAAGGGGGAGCCUUGGCCGCCAGCGCCAAGAAAAAGCAUGGCAGCACUCCUCCAGGUGACAACAAGGACGUGGAGGAUAGCAGUGUGAUCCACUAUGACGAUGCGGCCAUCUCCAAGCUGCUGGACCGGAACCAGGAUGCCACGGACGACACGGAGCUCCAGAAUAUGAAUGAAUACCUGAGCUCCUUCAAGGUGGCGCAGUAUGUGGUGCGCGAGGAGGAUGGCGUGGAGGAGGUGGAACGGGAGAUCAUCAAGCAGGAGGAGAACGUGGACCCCGACUACUGGGAGAAGCUGCUGCGGCACCACUACGAGCAGCAGCAGGAGGACCUGGCCCGCAACCUGGGCAAGGGCAAGCGCAUCCGCAAGCAGGUCAACUACAACGACGCCUCCCAGGAGGACCAGGAGUGGCAGGACGAGCUCUCAGACAACCAGUCUGAAUAUUCCAUUGGCUCUGAGGAUGAGGACGAGGACUUUGAGGAAAGGCCGGAAGGGCAGAGUGGACGGCGACAAUCCAGGAGGCAGCUGAAGAGCGACAGGGACAAGCCCCUGCCCCCUCUUCUUGCCCGGGUCGGCGGAAACAUUGAGGUGCUAGGCUUUAAUGCCCGCCAGCGGAAGGCCUUUCUGAACGCCAUCAUGCGCUGGGGCAUGCCCCCCCAGGAUGCCUUCAACUCCCACUGGCUGGUGCGGGACCUUCGUGGGAAGAGCGAGAAGGAGUUUAGAGCCUAUGUGUCCCUCUUCAUGCGGCACCUGUGUGAGCCGGGGGCUGACGGCGCGGAGACCUUUGCGGACGGCGUGCCCCGCGAGGGCCUCUCCAGGCAGCACGUGCUCACGCGCAUUGGGGUCAUGUCACUAGUUAGGAAGAAGGUUCAGGAGUUUGAGCACGUCAACGGGAAGUACAGCACCCCGGAUCUGAUCCCCGAGGGGCCUGAGGGCAAGAAGCCAGGCGAAGUCAUCUCCUCGGAUCCCAACACACCAGUGCCCGCCAGCCCUGCCCACCUCCUGCCUGGCCCUCUGGGCCUGCCAGACAAAAUGGAAGCCCCACUAGGUUACAUGGAUGAGAAGGAGGUGGGGGUGCAGAAGCCAAAGAAGCCCCCAGAAAUCCAGGCCCUGCCAACUGCCCUGGACAGAGUGGAGGGAGAGGACAAGCAGGAGAGCUCCAGUGGCAAAGAGAGGUCCCGAGAGGAGCGGCUGGAGGAGAUGGAGAAGGCCCAGCCCUCCCCGGAGCAGGGGCCGAAAGAAGAAGUGCUUCCUGAGAAGGAAAAAGUUCUGGACAAGCUGGAACUGAGCUUGAUUCACAGCAGAGGCGACAGCAGCGACUUCAGGCCAGAUGACACCAAAGCCGAGGAGAAGGAGCCUGUUGAGACCCAGCAAAAUGGUGACAAAGAGGAAGAUGAAGAGGGGAAAAAGGAGGACAAGAUCGGGAAGUUCAAAUUUAUGUUCAACAUUGCAGACGGGGGCUUCACAGAGCUACACACGCUGUGGCAGAACGAGGAGCGUGCCGCUGUGUCCUCGGGGAAAAUCUAUGACAUCUGGCACCGGCGCCAUGACUACUGGCUGCUGGCGGGCAUCGUCACGCACGGCUACGCCCGCUGGCAAGACAUCCAGAACGACCCGAGAUACAUGAUCCUCAACGAGCCCUUCAAGUCUGAGAUCCACAAGGGCAACUAUCUGGAGAUGAAGAACAAGUUCCUGGCCCGCAGGUUCAAGUUGCUGGAGCAGGCGCUGGUCAUUGAGGAACAGCUCCGGAGGGCCGCAUACCUCAACAUGACCCAGGACCCCAACCAUCCCGCCAUGGCCCUCAACGCCCGCCUGGCCGAGGUGGAGUGCCUUGCCGAGAGCCACCAGCACCUCUCCAAGGAGUCCCUCGCCGGGAACAAGCCUGCCAAUGCUGUCCUGCACAAGGUCCUGAACCAGCUGGAGGAGCUGCUGAGUGACAUGAAGGCGGACGUGACGCGCCUCCCCUCCAUGCUGUCCCGCAUCCCCCCGGUGGCCGCCCGCCUCCAGAUGUCGGAGCGCAGCAUCCUGAGCCGCCUGACCAACCGAGCCGGCGACCCCACCAUCCAGCAGGGCGCUUUCGGCUCCUCCCAGAUGUACAACAACAACUUUGGGCCCAACUUCCGGGGCCCUGGACCGGGAGGGAUUGUCAACUACAACCAGAUGCCCCUGGGGCCCUAUGUGACCGAUAUCUAGCCGGCCCCGAGACCUCGCUCUGGUGCAGCGCUCCUUUCCAGCGGAGCCACGCCUGCCGGGCCCCCUGCCUGACCCCCACAGGAGAGAAAAGCUGCCGCCUUUCUAGAGCCAGGCCACCCAAGGACAGAAGGGGAAACUGAGUCAUGCCAUUGCUGGGGACAAGACCCAGCCAGAAGUGCCACCUGCUCUUAAUCCCAGUGUCCCCCACACCACCUUGGCCAGCUCUGCCAGGACGACUUCCUAGAAGAGAUUUCAUUUCUUUGUACAUCUUUUUGCACUUUCCUAUGAAGACUUGAACAAAUUUGUCUUGAUAAAAGUUGAGUGACGUGUGGAGGAGUCUGACCUGCAGCACUUAGGCCUCUCUCUGUGGACGGUCUCCAGACCCAAGGGAAGCCCUGGACUUGGCCCGGUGGAGGGGGAUGCGGCGCCUGCCCUGGAUGCACUCUGCGUGCCCCUCCCCCGUGUCCCGUCUGCACCGUGUGACUGCUUGUACUCUGACCCUGGCCCACCGGGGCCCCCCAGUGCCAGGUGGGUCAGGACUGGGGAGCCGCCUGGCCUUCAGCUAGAGACCUGGCUGGCGUCCAGGCCAGGCCAGGCUGCAUCCUGCAAGGCUGGAGACCACAGGUAAUGUGUUCUGUCUGUGGGGGAGAGGGCUCCGUCAGCACAUGUCUGCCCCUGGCCAGCCUGUCUCGCAGGCCCCCUGGAUUCUGUCGUCACCCGUGGAGGGUCUGCGGCCCCCGCCCUGCGUGGCAGGUCACGGCAUGUGCUCCCCGGAGAGAAGAGACGGCAGGUGUCAGCCUGGGGGCUGCUGGGGCCUUGGUCUCUGGCCGCUGCGGGAAGGGGCUUACCCUCCCUCCCCGGGUGUGGCUGCUGUCCCAGCAGUGCUGAGCGUGGCCCCGGAGCCCCUGGUCUUGCCCUGUGCCCUGGGAGGCCCUUCACACCCAUUCCCCAUGUCGUCUUCUGGUGGCCGACACGGAGAAACCAGGCCAGCCGUCUCAGGCCUGUACUUAUCCCUCCCCUGUCCCUGGAGAGGCCUCGAUCCCGGCACUUGCCAUCUGGGGCAGGCCCGUGACAGCCCUCACUGUGUUCUUCAAAGGUUUGGGGAAAGCUUGGAGGCAGGGGACUGGACCCAUUGGCCUCUCCAGUCUUCCCAACUGGAGUGUCCCCAGCCUCCUGCCCUGUUUCCUGCCAGGAGCGGCCUGUUGGAAUCCUGAUCGCCUUCCACCCAGCUGGUGGUGCCCUCUGAUGUCUCCAGUUCAGAGGAGCGGAGGGAUGGGCCAGGACCUGGGUCCGUCCGUGUCUAAUGUUCCCUCUGGCCCAGCCUCAGCCUGGAAGGGAUUUCUGAACCUUGACCAGGGAGCCUUGACCUUCCUGGAGUGGAGCCCUGGUGCAGAAUCCUGUCCAAGUGAGAGACAGGGUGGGCCUGGGGGGUGGGGCACCAUGGGAGGCCUCUGUCAGCCUCCUGGCCAGGACUAGGGCCAGGAUUUGAGGGUGUCUUGGGGACACGGGGCCAUUGGCCAGCCCUCCCAGAGCCCUCAUCUAUAAAUGGCUUUCCCCGAACCCCUAGAGGACUGGACCCCAAGGCCCCGUCUAUCUCCAGGCUGACUGACCCUGGUACUGUGGGUGGAGGAAUGGGAGGCAGCCUGAAAGUGGUACACGGGUGUACGUGUGGCAGGACACGUGUGGCAGCAGCUGACCUCGCCCUCCAGGAAGGGUUGGGUCACUCCUGCCCACUGUGGUUUUUCCAGUGCCACGUGGGCCUGUGUGUUCCUUGCAAAGGCUUUGGCUCAGGCCGUGGGCCGGGUGACCACCACGAGCCUCCCACCCAGGGCCCCAUGACUGUCCUCCCAGGCCGGCGGUCAGUCCUGCGGCUGGGCUGGUGGGGAACAUGGUGGACGGGUCCUGAGUGUCAGGGGGCACCUGGCGGAGGAGAGGAGUCUGCGUCCCCACUGCCCAACUCCAAGAGCGGGUGGUCCUUUCCCCGCCAGCCCUUGCUUUCCCCUCCUCCUCCAUCUCCUCCCUAGGCCUCUGCCCUUUUCCAUGACCAGCUGGAACCAGGCACCAGUGAUCGGCCUAGCCAUCUGCACUGCCUGGUCCAGGAAGGGCUCAGCUCUCCAAGACCAGCACCUGGGAGGCCUGGGAGGGGGGCUGCGGACAGCUGGGGAGUGGGUUUCUGGUUUUGGAGAGGAAAAAGGAUCUAGAGAAUGUUUUUUCUUGGUUUAUCAGUUAUCUCCCUCCCAGAGUUGUAGUGGAGUGUGGGGAGUGGGGCGUCCGUGCUCUUGGACAUCUUCAGGCUGGUUUUGUUUUUGCUGUUGGCACAGUGGAGGUUGUUGUGCAAGCAGAAGCCCCAAAGUGCCAGCCCCAUUUUUGCCACUUUAUUAUUUAGACCAGUGCUGAAUAGGCUUUCUGUUGAACCAUCUUUGGGCACAGUCUCGGACAGCAUUGCCUCCUGGGCUCCCCGGUGACCACGGGAGUUUGGGUUGGACUGUGUCUGGGGUCCCCUCGCACACGCCCACCAUGGAAACACAACCUGAGAUCCCCCCCAUGCACGGAGACCCUCCCUGCAAGCCGCCUUCAGAAGCUCCUUUGUUUUCUGCAAGUGAUGACCAUGGGUCCAUCCUGCUGGUACUCAUGACUGGUGCAGGCACCUGCCUCCUGCUGGCUGGGGGUCCCUUCCCAGGGUCCUCUGGGGGAUCCCUGGCCCAGGUGGGGGGCCGACCGACUCUCACCCCAUGGACACCUGCAGCCUUUGCUCCCAGUUAUUGGGUCCCAGGGAUGUUGAGGGCCUGAGGAGGUCGUGUAGAGGGUGGGCUCGGGAACCUCCAGAGUCGGGUGGCAGGAAGGAGCUUGGGUGGGAAGUGGGAGCUGAGGUUUUGGCCUGGCCACAACCCAGUGUACCCCCUCUGCACCUGCAGCUGUCCUCUGCUGAUGACCUGUCUAUUGAGGAAGCCGACCCCCACCCCAAUUUUAUAUUUCUGGAAGUUUACAGGUUGUGGUGCAUCAGCCCAAAGUCAUUGGCUUGUGUUUUGGGAUUUUUUUCUUAGUUUUCAGAUUUUUUUUAAACAAAGUAUUUUUUUAGGUGCGAUAACCCAGAAAGGGCCCGUUGGGUGUGUGUGUGUCCUGAACCCCUGAUACCGAGGUGGGAAUCCGAGCCUCCUAUGCUCCUCUGGGCCUGAGCAGGCGGGGAGGGUCCCACCUGCACUGCCCCCCUCCCCAGGCAUCAGUGCGUGGGGGGGUGAGGGAGCAGAGCCCCACCCAGGCUGGCAUCUGGCCCUGCUGAGAAGCGCCUGCCCCUUCCCCAGCACAAGCCCAGGCUGGCCAAGGGGCCGGGGCGCUGGGGCAAGUCGGGUCGGGGGGGUGGUCCCAGCCAGGAGCUGGAGCUGGAGGCUGAGCCCCUGUGCGUGGUGACCUAUCCGGUCCUUGGGAGGAUGUGUGGGAGGCUUGACAAGGACUGUACCCGACACCGUCCCCUUCACUUUGUACUCCGUGUGUAUGUCUUGGUUUUCCGUGUUUUAAUAAA